AUGUCUUCUGAGUGGAAUUCCAGCGUUUCUAGAACGAAUUGGGAGGUUAACCGUGAAGUAGUGUUGCAGGAUGAAGGUACUGUUCUUCUCAACAACGGCAAAGCGAUUCACGAAGGUGAUAAUAAUGACGAAGAAGAUAACGCUGAUCUAUUUUCCUUUGAUUAUGACGAAGAGGUUGUAAUAUCUAUUGACUUGUCUGCAGGUAAAUUCGGGUGUUCCAUUCUGGAUUAUCAUACCAAGUCUUUACGGGUGUUAAAUAAGGACUACGUUGUCAAUAAGUCAACAAUUACGUCUCACGAUCUUAUUGAUGAAGUUGAUCCAUCUGCAAACGACAUUAGUAUGUUGACUGGACUUUUGAUAAUGGAGGUGAACCCAACUGUUUGUUUAGUGCCAGUAAGAUUGGAAGAUUGGAUUUUUGAAUAUAUAAAAACAAAAUGCAAUGAGAUACAUUGUAGGCUAGAGCUGCUGCCAAUUAAUUGUUUUAAAAAAUGGAGCCCUUUGCAAUCAUUGCAAUUAAAGGGCCAUGACAAUUUGAUUAUAUUAAACGACUUAUUGUCAAAUAGCAGGUUUACCACCACAGUAACAUUAGGAACAGUAGCAUGUAUCCUUGUCAAUCACGAGCAGCAUGCACAACUAGACGAGGGUAAUGACAGUACUGUUUCAAACAAUAUAAUAAGAGGACGACAAACUAAAAGUUUGUACGAAGAUGUUAUACAUAACAUCGGGUAUAUCGAUAUAAAAGAUCGAAUGGUACUGGAUGAAAAUGCGAUGUCAGCUUUGAAUAUUUUUCCUACAGCACAUAAACUAGGACAUGACAAAAUGAUGAAAAAUGGUUUCCUUAGUAUAUUCGAGCUGUUCAAUCAGGUUUCCUCAGACUACGCAAAGAGAAUGUUGAAAUCCUGGCUUUUCAAUCCAUUAACCAACAGGGAGCAGAUAGAAAAAAGAUACAGCAUCAUACGAACCCUAUUGGAUAGACAAAAUGCCAUCAUUUUUAAUGAUCUUACCCAAUCAAUAAAGAGAUGUCCAGAUGCUUUUGGAUUUAUAAAUCAGUUGAGAAGUGGCAAAUCCACAUUAAGGACAUGGUCCAAAGUUGCAGGUUUUUUAGAAAAGGGUAUUGCUAUAUUCAAACUGGUAUCAUCUUUGAAGUUGAGUUCUGAUGAAGGAAAUAUUUUACACGAUAUCAAAAAUAAGGUUGAUCUAUCAGCAUUGAAAGAAUGCCUGAGAAAAGUAGAAACAGUCAUAGAUUUUGAUACAUCGAAAGACACCAAAACUCUCACAAUAAAUACGGGAGUUGACAAGAGAUUAGAUGAAUGUAGAAAUAUUUACAAUCAUUUGGAAAAAAUUCUGUUGGAAGUAGCAAGAGAAACACAAGGGUUCUUACUCAAUGUUUUGCAUCAAACAAAUCGUAGGAUAACAAAGAAUUUAGAAAAGUUAGUUAAUGCCAUCUACAUUCCCCAGCUGGGAUACUUAGUGACAGUUAGUACCUUGUUGGAACCUUUCCUCGUUAAUACUCCAGAUCUUGAGUGGGAAGAAAUUUUCAGGAGCUCUGAUAAUAUUUAUUUCAAGAAUGAGAAAGUUCUUGAAUUAGAUGAAACAUACGGUGAUAUUUAUGGAGCAAUCUCCGAUUACGAAAUUGAAGUCUUAUUUUCCUUGCAGGAGCAAAUUUUGAGAAUGAAGAACCAAUUAACUGCAUACAAUAUACUACUCAGUGAACUAGAAAUUUUAGUAUCAUUUGCCCAAGUUUCUGCAGAAAGAAAUUACGUAGAGCCUCAAUUAGUAGAAAAUGACUGUAUCUUGGAUAUUGUUAACGGGAGACAUGCGUUGUAUGAAACGUUCCUCAGUAAUUAUAUUCCGAAUAGCACGAUAAUUGAUGGCGGUUUGUUUUCGGAAUUAAGUUGGCGAAAACACAACAAGGAAAGAAUCAUCAUAGUGACUGGCGCUAAUUCAUCUGGGAAGUCUGUAUAUCUCACUCAGAACGGGUUAAUCGUGUACUUGGCUCAAAUUGGUUGUUUCGUUCCUGCGGAAAGAGCAAAAAUUGGAAUAGUAGAUAAAAUAUUGACCAGAAUUAGAACCCAAGAGACUCUGUAUAAGACUCAAAGUUCGUUUCUUCUAGAUUCUCAACAAAUGGCUAAAUCAUUGAGUUUGGCUACUGAGAGAAGUCUCAUUUUAGUUGACGAGUACGGUAAAGGUACUGAUAUUUUAGAUGGCCCUUCACUAUUUGGUUCGAUAAUGGUUAAUAUGGCAAUGAGCGAGAGGUGCCCACGUAUAAUUGCAUGCACACACUUCCAUGAACUUUUUAAUGAAAAUGUGAUCACGGAACAUAUACAAGGUAUCAAACACUACUGUACUGACAUACUUAUAAGCCAGAACUAUAAUCAUAUAGACCCGGUACAAAAUAAGGAAGAUCACGAAAGUGAGGGGAUUACUUUCCUCUUCAAAAUCAAGAAAGGAAUUUCAAAGCAAUCAUUUGGUAUCUACUGUGCAAAAGUAUGUGGGCUGAACAAAAGUAUUGUACGAAGGGCUGAAGAGCUUUCUAACUUGAUCAACAGAGGUGAUGAUGUGGUCCAGCACUGCGGAAAACUGACCGAAAAGGAGAUGCAAGAAUUCCAAAAGAAUCAGGAAAUAGUGAAGAAGUUUUUAUCUUGGGAUUUGGAUCUCGAGACUUCGACGACUUCUGAGAACCUCAGAUUGAAAUUGAAAAAUCUUCUUCGUUGA